AUGUCACCAACGUCUCGGGUUUUAGAACUCUUUGUCGCAAAUGAGAACCUUUUCAAUAUCAUUCUCAUAUUAGUUUCCACCACCUCUGUUUCUUGGUACAUAUGGGUCUAUGUCAAAUCCAAAACUCCGGGAACUUCGCCGUCGUUGCCGCCAGGACACCCGGGACUGCCGAUGGUUGGAAACCUCCCUUUCCUCGACCCUGAACUCCAUAGAUGCUUCCAAAGCCUUGCUAAAAGAUAUGGUCCGAUUCUCAAACUUCGGUUUGGAUCCAAACUCGCAAUCGUGGUGACCUCUCCAGCCUUGGCAAAAGAGAUUUACAAAGAUCAGGACAUCAAUUUCUCGAGCCGUGACGUGCCCCUCACGGCAAGUGCCCUCACAUACGGCGGCAUCGACAUGGUCUGUUUGCCGUAUGGUCCAGAGUGGCGUACGAUCAGGAAGGCAUGCGUUGUCAAUCUUCUUAGCCGUUACACGCUGGAUUCAUUUUACCAUCUCCGCCGACAAGAGGUGAGAAAAAGAGCGAGAUAUCUAUGCGGACAGGCCCAAGAAGGGUUACCAGUGGACAUCGGUCAUCAGAUGUUCUUGACGAUGUUGAAUCUCAUUAUGAACAUGUUGUGGGGUGGGUCGGUGAACGGUGAUGAGACACCAAGUCUUGGAAUUGAGUUCAGACAGGUGAUUAAAGAAGCUUUAAGAGUGAUGGAUGAGCUGAAUAUUUCAGAUUUCUUACCGUGA